AUGUCACAAGAUUGUAAAUAUUGUACGACUAAAUAUACUCCUUUAACAUCUACUGGAACAUUAAAAGAACAUGUAAAAAAAAAUCAUUUCGAUAUUUAUAAACAAAAAACAAAAACUGAAAUUGUUCUUUAUAAUCGAAAAGAACAGCUUGAACAUAAUAAAUACUUAAUCAACUGGAUAGUUAAGAGUUUACAACCAUUUUCAGUAAUUGAAGAAGAAUCAUUUAUAGAAAUGCUAAAUAAAUUUAAUCCACGUUACAAAGUACCAAGUCGACAUUAUAUUAGUUUAUGUAUUACAAAAAUAUUUCAAAAUCGGCAAACAAAUUUAA